AUGCUUUGGUUUGGUAUGGAUAUUGGUGGGACACUGGUGAAGUUGGUUUAUUUUGAACCAGAUGUAUUUAAUCACUCAGAUAUAUCUGAUAUUGAUAGAGAAAAAACAAACUUAAUACAUAAAUAUCUUGUGUCAAAUAAAGCUUAUGGUGAUACAGGUGUUAGAGAUGAGCAUUUAGAACUUAAAAAUAUUGUAAUUUAUGGUAAAGUUGGAACAAUUCACUUUAUUAGAUUUCCUACUGAUAGAAUGGAAAAUUUUAUUAAAAUUGUAAAAUCAAAAGGUUUCUCUGAUUUAGCAUCAAUUGUAUGUGCAACUGGUGGUGGUGCUAUUAAAUAUGCAAAGAUAACGGAAGAAGAGUUAAAUAUGAAAUUUAAUAAAGCUGAUGAAUUAGAAUCACUGAUAAAGGGAAUAGAGUUUGUUGCAGCAAAUUAUAGAGAUGAAUGUUAUUAUUAUGAUCAACCAUUAAAUGAUAGUUUGUGUAAAAAAGUAAUUUGGCGUUGGUCAUCAGGUCGGUGUUCUUCAAUGGAUGAUGUUUGUAUUAAUAAUGAAGAAAGUGGUUUACAAUAUCCAUAUGUUGUUGUUAAUAUUGGAUCUGGUGUUAGUGUUUUAGUUGUUCGUGGUCCAAAUGAUUUUGAAAGAGUAAGUGGUACAUCAAUUGGUGGUGGUUUUUUUCAAGGUAUAUGUAAUUUAUUAUGUGAUUGUGAUACUUUUGAAGAGGCUAUUGACUUAGCAUCGAAAGGUGAUCAUAAAAAUGUAGAUAAAUUAGUAAGUGAUAUAUAUGGAAAAGGUUAUGAUGCAGUUGGAUUACCAGGAGAUACAGUUGCAGCAAGUUUUGGAAAAAUAGUAAAUAAAGAGCAAAGAAUAAAAGCAAAAAAAGAAGAUUUAGCUCAUGCAGCUUUAGUAACAACAACAAAUAAUAUUGGUUCAAUUGGCCUUAAUGUGGCUAUUAGAUAUGACAUUACAAGAAUUGUAUUUGUUGGAAACUUUUUAAGAGUAAAUGAGAUUGCCGCAAGACGAUUAGCAUCAGCUAUGGACUUUUGGUCUGGUGGAACAAUAAAAGCAUUGUUUCUUAAACAUGAAGGUUAUUUUGGUGCUGUUGGAUGUCUUGAUAAAUUAGUUGACACAACAGAAUCAAAAGUAGGUGUUUUGGUAAUUCCUGAAAAGGGGAGCUCCAAUGAAGAUAUAUCUGAAUUAGCAUGA